GUGGAGGUAGAGCCCACAGAAACUUGUCUUCCUUCCUGUGUCCUGGUUGCCCUGUGGCCCUCCCCUAACCAGGUUUCCUCACAUGGUCUCCACAGGGCCGUCUUCUGGUUCUGUCCCCAAGGUCCCUUUUGGAGUCCCUUUAAUUGUAAUCUUGGGAGCUCCUGCUUCAGGGCUGAAGUCUGAAGGCUCUCCUGGGAGGGGACAGCUUUACCUUCUUCACUGCAGCUCUGUGUUAAGUACCUUAAUGGGCAGUGGGAAACAGGUCUGCAGGCUGAACUGAGAGGCAGCCCAUGGCAGGUAGACAGGCACUGAUGGGUGCAAGGGAUACAUAUGUAGGUGCUGGAUCUGAGCCCAUCUGCCCAACACCAUCCCUUGACUAAGUCUCUGAUAUCUCUCUCACCCUUUUUCUGAGAGGAGACUGUUGUCUAUCUGAGCCCCCAUGAGCUAGAAUCACAGGGAGGCCGAGAAGUAGGGGGCUAAGGAGGAAGGUCAGAGCUGGAGCAGCAUCUCCCUGGCUCCUCUGCCCCCUCUGACCCAGUGAGUGAGGGAUGAUGGAGUGAUGUGCAUCCCAGAAACUUCUCCACAGGUAGCUGCGGAGUUACUUGUCCUCCAGAGAACCCGUCCUGAGGAUGACUGUGAACAACAGAGCCAUGGGCAUGUGGUUGAAUGAGUCCUGCACAGAUGGCUUCAUCCUCUUGGGCAUCUUUUCCCACAGCACAGCUGACCUUGCUCACUUCUCUGUGGUCAUGGUGGUGUUCUCAGUGGCCCUCUGUGGAAACGUCCUCCUCCUCACCCUCAUCAGCAUAGAUGCUCGACUUCACACACCCAUGUACUUCUUCCUCAGUCAGCUCUCCCUCAUGGAUCUCAUGUUGGUCUGUACCAGUGUGCCAAAGAUGGCAGCCAGCUUCCUGUCUGGCAGGAAGACCAUCUCCUUUGUGGGCUGUGGCAUGCAAGCUGGCCUUUUAGUCUCUCUUGUUGGAUCAGAGGGGCUUUUGCUGGGGCUCAUGGCUUAUGAUCGCUAUGUGGCCAUUAGCCACCCACUGCACUAUUCCACCCGCAUGAGUCAGAGGGUCUGUCUCCAGAUUGCUGGUAGUUCCUGGGCCUUUGGAAUGCUAGAUGGGUUGAUUCAGAUGGUAGUAGCAAUGUCCUUCCCCUACUGUGGCUCGAGGUUUGUGGACCACUUCUUCUGUGAGGUGCCAGCCUUAUUGAAGCUGGCCUGUGCUGACACCUCACUUUUUGAAACCCUGCUCUUUGCUUGCUGUGUGUUCAUGCUGCUCCUUCCCUUCUCCAUCAUUGUGGCCUCCUAUGUUCGUAUCCUGGGGGCCGUGCUCCACAUGCACUCUGCUCAGGCUGGUAAAAGAGCUCUGGCCACCUGUUCCUCUCAUAUGACAGCUGUCUCCCUCUUCUAUGGGGCAGCCAUGUUCAUCUACCUGAGGCCUAGGCGCUACCGGACCCCCAGCCAUGACAAAGUGGUCUCUAUCUUCUACACAGUACUUUCCCCUAUGCUCAACCCCCUCAUUUAUAGCUUAAGGAACCGGGAUGUGAUGGGGGCCCUGAAGAAGGGGCUGGACUGUUGCAAGAGCAGCAGCCAACAAUGAAUGGCCAGGGCAUCCUGUGUCUGGUGCCACCAUGUCUUGGUUACACAACAUUGGCAAGUAACUCACCUUUUGUUAGUGUUGUUUCCUUAUCAAUAAAUGGGAAUAAUGCCACCUGCCCUGCCUCACAGGGACUCUCCUAGGGAUGACUACAUGGAACUCAAAUGGCUAACAGAGAAGCAAUGCAGUGCUAUUGUCAUUGAUCCCCAUUUAUGGAGUCCUUGAAGUGAAUUCACUCUCUGUCUUAACUGUUCUUUUUGGUGACUAUUUUAUUGAGAGUUUAUGAACUGUGGGGCACUGUCCUGGUCCCUUUACAUACUUGUGUAUUAUUUAAUUGAUGAUUCAGCAUAAUAAUCAUGGGUAUCUGAAUUCUAGAUAGCAGAAAUUAUCUUUAUAAUUCUUCCUGAGUAGGUCCUAGCUUUCUCCCUUGACUCAAUGAAGACUUUAUAAAGCUUCUUCUAUGGAAUAAAAAUAUAUCCCUACUAUUUAGAAGUACCUCUGCACAGGUAAUGCCUUUUUAUUUGCAUAAUAUCACCACCUGGCCCUGUGCCUUAUAAGUAGAAGUUGCUCAGUGAAAACCCUGUUAAAUGAAUGCAAGAGGAUGCAUCAAAUGAGAUAAAAUAUACAAACCAUUUUUAAAGCUCUGUAUGUGUUCACAUGGCAAAUUUACUGUAACAGCUGUGAUCCACUUUAGUACUUCAAGUUCUACAUAGUAUUCUGCUUGGAGGAUGUAGAUUAGAACAGAAAUAAAAACAGAAUUUGAGCCAUUAUUUUAAAACCUAUGUAUAUCAGUCAGGAUCCGGUAAGGAAAACACCACACCAAAUAUUCUAACAGAGAAAAUAUAAUGUAAAGAGUUGCUAACUCUAUGUUUGAGAACUGAAAUAGCAUAAGAACACUAAGGAUUGCAGAGAAAAAGACCUGCAGAAUGAAGCUACUAUUUCUAGGGCGCAGCGAAUCUGAAGGGAGAGGUUCAGAUCAGUGAAACCUGGA